AUGCAACCUUCUCUCAGAAACAGACGGUCUCUACGAGGCUCGCCUGAGCAUCGUCUUAGCAUCAAAGGCUUCCUACCACUUCCUCCAAUCGCCUCUUCUCCAAUUUGCACUCCAACAUCAGCUAUGGUCGCUGGCGAGGCACUCCCUACUAGCACUCCUGCCGAAGAUGUCCAUCUCCUUCGAGUUCUACCAACUUGGAUAGCAAUUCCUCCGACUCCUCCUGGAAAUCACAUCCGCCGCUCUGUGACAUGCGUUACUCCUUCCUCACCACUUUCGCCUUCGGUAUCAUGUCCCGCGCCUCCAACUACAGGCUCCCAUUGUUUCGGACCACGUCGUCCACGGGCUCUUUCUGAUCCUCUCGUCCAACAACCAAUAACCUCGUUAUAUCGGCAAGAAGAUGUGGACGAGUCGCAAUUGGAGAAAGCGAAAGACGAUAUUAGGCGUUUCCAUGCCCUCAUGGAACUCUUGGCCACCGAAGUCAGCUAUCUCGCCGACUUGCGUAUAUUAUUCUCGGUCUAUCUGCGUCAUCUCCCAACCCUUUGUCGCACACAAUCAACUUUCAGUCUUUCCCCCUCGAGAAACAGCUCGACAACCCACCUACCCAAGACGAUGACUACCGUUCUCUCUGACCAAGGACUGAAUCCCUUGACAAGCAUUAGCACGAAGCCCAAGUCCUCCGCACGCCCACUCUUCACCAGUCGAGAGGUGGAUAUACUCGCUCGCAACGUCGAACAAGUUCUCCAACUACAUGAAAACUUCGUACAGGAACUCUGUGUUGCCCUCUCUCCAUUCGGAUUUACGAUGGAAUCCGAUCCUGCGUUGACCAGUGAUAAGCCUCAAAUUCAUAACCUUGACGAUGCCAUUUCGGUAGUAUCUACCAAAUUUGCCACUGAAGCAUCCCGUUUCGACGCAUAUCAAACCUUUUGCAGCGGUCAUCCGGAAGCCCUCGUGUUAAUACACCGUGUCCAGACCCAAUAUGCCGGCGAAUGGGAGGCUUUUGAGCAGCAGUGUGCGUUGGUCUCGCUCAAUAUGACCGAUUUACCGGAGGCUUCUUCACCCGAGGCUGCGCGAUCUCAUUCUGAAGGCAAUGAGAGAUCGGUUCCGCCUUCUAUUAUGACCGUCAGCGAUCGUAAACGAACAAGGUCGCUUACCUCCAUCGAAGGCGCCCGCAAAGCGCAUUCGCGGACCAACUCGAAAGACAGCUCGGGAGAAGGACGUCACCGUCUCGCUUUCCUCGAUUACAUGAUCAAACCGAUUCAGAGGAUAUGUCGCUACCCGCUCUUACUUGAUCAACUUCGGCCCGGUGCUAAGCUUCGACAACUGGGACACCCAUUUCUUCACGCUCACGUCAAUGUCGUCGUCGAAAGUGCUACUAAAGCAAUGCGCCACGUUGCCAGCGCUGUCGACGAAGCUCGGCAUCGGCAGAAUGUCCAAAUGCAGUCGUCCCUCAUUAUCUCCCGUAUUACCCUGGCUCACCCCACGAUGGCCACUUCCCAUAUGGCAGCCAUGAACUUGAGCUCGCCGACGUUUCAAAUAUUGACUCCAAGUUUCCUGUCUUCCCUCGGAAUAUGUCUUUUGGCAGGGUCGCUGGACGUUAUGCAUUAUCAGUCAUCAAAACCGACGGGUAGUGGGAUAAACGUCAAUGCCAAAUAUCUCGGGGCUUUCUUGUAUCUCGGUGGCUACUUGAUCCUCGUCAAAGUGUCCAAAAACAAGUAUGAACCACGUCACUGGUUUCCACUUGCAGACUUUGAUGUUAUCGAGCAGGAGGAGGAAGACACUUCGCUACCGUGUACCUUCAGUCUGAUCUACCGAGGUCAUCAAUUCGACUUGACUGCAGCAUGCCAGAGGGAAAAGGAUGUUUGGCUGACUUCUAUCCGAGAGUCGCGACUUCACCCGCCUGAGUGGAUCAAUGAACCCACCUCGAGCCUUCAUCUCGAUGGUAAAGGCGAAAUGGUUCCCUCAACCCUUGAUGAACCUUAUGAGAUCAUCAACCCUCUGCCAACCAUCCAAUCGCUCCCAGAACUUGCCCAAGAUGAUGACCACGAGGAUCUGAAGGAGUCUGUUUUGGCUGUUUUCAGGAACGAGGUUGCGGUUCACAGCGCAGUCAAGGUGGAUAUGCCCAAUAAGGCCCCGGAGGUGGUCACAAGUCGUCGCUCAUCCUCUGCAUCCGUCGCAGCCAAGUUAACCGCUAAUUCCGAUGGCGACACGAUUAUCAUUCGGCGUUCUUCCCCUGCUGCGAGGUCAUUAGUGGACCAAGGCCUACAGGAUGUAGUUUCGGAGCCGAUAGUGGCGGCCCGUUUUGGUACCCGCGACGAGCUUUUCCAGGCUCCGCGGAUUCUUCGAAUAUCGGGCUCUGGUUCUGGCUUCUCGCGUUCCAACUCGGCUCUGAGCCUGACGAGCCUUACCAAAAACCGUCUUUCCAAGCACGAAAGUGUCCGUGUUCCUCGGAGACGAAGCGCGCAAGACGACCCUCCUGUGAUACCAUCUAAAAAGGCCACAUCGCUGCGUGGCCCGCCAAGGCGGCGUCCUCAAAGGCUGACAAUUAUGUCAGCAUCUGAGGCCGAGAGCAUCUUUCAACCCAUCAGCGUUUCUAGCUCCCCCUUUUCGCAAUCGUCAUCUAUUCCUUCCACACCAACCAGCCCCACAACACUCGAGUCGCCUUUUGAGCUGCGAACCCGGUCGCAAAAGUCGUCAUUGACCAGCAACACCUCGUCAGGAGGAUCGCGCUCGGUGUCUCCAACGACUACAACGGCCAGUCAGCAUUCAAAGCCCAGUAUGAAUACCUACAAGACGAUGACACAAGGCAUUCGCACAUUGUGGACAAAGGGAUCGCGACACCGACGGACACGCAGUAUUCCUUCAGACGAGAAUAUGCCUGAGAUGUCGUCCUCCCCAUUGCCUCCCCCGACCCUGUCAUUGGAAUCACCUACUACCAGCCCAGUCACUCAUUCUUCCCCAACGCCCAGUCGAACACUAUCGCGCAAUCAACUGCGUAUAUUGUCAACUGGCGCCCCAAUGACUCCCAGACACUCAUUUUCAAACAACAACACGGAGCUUGGGUCCAUAAACAAGAGAAGUUCGAUAUUCAAACGUCUCAAAGGUCUUUCUGCCUAA